CCGGCCGCCUGCGGGGCAGUUCUCCGCUGUCGUCCGCUGCGCUCGCAUCGGCUGGGCACUGGCGGAGCCAUGUUUCCCUCGGUGCAGAGAUUUCCGCCCAUGCGCCGGGUGUUCGUGGUGGGGGUUGGCAUGACCAAGUUUGUGAAGCCUGGAACUGAGAAUUCAAGAGACUACCCUGACUUGGCAAAAGAAGCAGGCCAGAAGGCUUUAGCUGAUGCACAGAUCCCAUAUUCAACAGUGGACCAAGCAUGUGUUGGCUACGUUUAUGGUGACUCUGCCAGUGGACAGAGGGCUAUUUAUCACAGUCUGGGACUGACGGGGAUCCCUAUAAUCAAUGUGAACAAUAACUGUUCUACUGGUUCUACAGCAUUAUUUGUGGCCCAGCAGCUGAUUCAGGGUGGUGUGGCAGAAUGUGUCUUGGCUCUUGGGUUUGAGAAGAUGGAGAAAGGAUCCAUUGGAAUAAAAUUUUCAGAUAGGACCAAUCCAACAGAUAAACAUCUUGAUGUCCUAAUCAAUAAAUAUGGAUUGUCUGCCCACCCAGUUGCUCCUCAGAUGUUUGGAUUCGCUGGAAAAGAACAUAUGGAAAAAUAUGGAACAAAAAUUGAACACUUCGCAAAAAUUGGAUGGAAAAAUCAUAAACAUUCAGUUAAUAACCCGUAUUCCCAGUUCCAAGAUGAAUACAGUUUAGAUGAAGUGAUGGCGUCUAAAAAAGUGUUUGAUUAUUUGACUAUCCUACAAUGUUGUCCCACUUCAGAUGGUGCUGCAGCGGCAGUUUUGGCUAGUGAAGCAUUUGUACAGAAGUUUGGCUUGCAACACAAAGCUGUGGAAAUUUUGGCACAAGAAAUGGUGACUGAUUUGCCAAGCUCAUUUGAAGAAAAAAGUAUUAUUAAAAUGGUUGGCUUCGAUAUGAGUAAAGUUGCUGCCAAAAGAUGUUAUGAGAAAUCUGGCUUGGGACCAAAUGAUAUUGAUGUGAUAGAACUUCAUGAUUGCUUUACUUCCAAUGAACUCCUUACUUAUGAAGCACUGGGACUCUGUCCAGAAGGACAAGGUGGAACACUGGUUGAUAGAGGAGAUAAUACCUACGGAGGAAAAUGGGUCAUAAAUCCUAGUGGUGGAUUGAUUUCAAAGGGACACCCGCUGGGAGCUACAGGUCUGGCCCAGUGCGCUGAACUCUGUUGGCAACUGCGAGGGGAAGCCGGAAAGAGGCAAGUUCCUGGUGCAAAGGUGGCUCUGCAGCACAACCUAGGCCUUGGGGGAGCUGUGGUUGUAACGCUUUACAGGAUGGGUUUUCCUGAAGCUGCCAGUUCUUUUAGAACUCAUCAAAUUGAGGCUGCUCCAACCAGCUCUCCAGGUGAUGGAUUUAAAGCAAAUGUUGUCUUUAAGGAGAUUGAGAAGAAGCUUGAAGAGGAAGGGGAACAGUUUGUGAAGAAAAUCGGUGGUAUUUUUGCCUUCAAGGUGAAGGAUGGCCCUGGGGGUAAAGAGGCCACCUGGGUGGUGGAUGUGAAGAAUGGCAAAGGGUCAGUGCUUCCUAACUCAGAUAAGAAGGCUGACUGCACAAUCACAAUGGCUGACUCUGACUUACUGGCCUUAAUGACUGGCAAAAUGAAUCCUCAGUCGGCUUUCUUUCAAGGCAAACUGAAAAUCACUGGCAACAUGGGUCUGGCCAUGAAGUUGCAAAAUCUUCAGCUUCAGCCAGGCAAACCUAAGCUGUGAAGAACUCCCUUUGGCUACUUUUGAAAAUCAAGAUGAAAUAUAUAGCUACACAUCCAUAUAUUUCAUUGUCAGCAUUUAGACUGAAACUACACCUUGGCAAAUUGUGCGAGACAGAUUUGUUUUUCAAUUGUAUGACCAAUCCUGUUUUCCCUAAGCUCUGGGUGGAUAGAGCCUGAUGGUGUACGGCUGCUUUGCUGAGCUGCAUACAACUGUGCAUUACAAAGUUAAUAUGGUAAUUAUGGUUUGGGGUAAAACUGAGUUUCAGAAUAAAAUUAGGAAGAGUAAAAUCCAAAAAAUUAUGUAGAUAAAAGCUCUUAUUAUGCUUAUAAAGUAUAUUUAGGGACUAUUCUGCUGAAUAUUCGAUUUAAGAGUUUUCCUUGGGAGAACUCGUGAAGAAACAGUUCCAAUAACUGGUCAGUAAUUAGUGUUGUGCACUUAAUGACCUUUAAUUAAUCUCUCAUGAAUAGUGCUUAAAAUUCUGCACUAGGAUGAUAAAAGAAAACCAACUUAAGCAUUUCCCAUUUCAAAGAAAAGUUUGCAUUUCAUGCCAUCAGAAACAGUAUUUUCUUCCCAAAUUAAAAUAAAAGAAAUAUGAUCACUUCUUGGAAGGGGGAUGUGUUGCUGAACACAGGCUUAUUUUUAAAAUAAAAAUGUUUUAAAACUGGGUUUCCUUCUUGAAAAAUAUGUGUAUUAGAGUCAUAAAACACUGUUAAAAAUAAAGUUUGCUUUGAGAUGCACGGUUUUAAAAUAAUAAUCUAUUCAAAUUUAUAAAGCUCUCCGUCUGUGUUGUAAUUUUCAUGUGUGUUUAAGUAUCUGCAUUUGUCUUUUUUCCUAAUUUUCUAAUGCUAAUGUUAUUUCUUAUAAUUCAGUAACAUAGAAGAUAAAAUAAUGCUUUUGGAAGAAUGUUUAAUAGAAAAUUAAAAUGGCUCUUCCUGGUC